CUUAUAUUAUACUUACAUUCCUCAGUCCUUUAUAGAGGUAUAUGUUGCUCAAUAUACACAAUGUUGUAUGAGAAAAAAUUUUUCUGCUUCUGUUAUCAGAGAGACCAUUAUUUUAAAAAAAUUCUUACAACGUGUGCAAGUAGAUCUUGUUUCAUUUGAGAAAUAUCUGGAUAAAAAAUACCAGUAUAUUGUACACCUUCAUGAUCAUUUCACAAGGUUCUCAUGGACAUGUUCACUAUAUACUAAAAAGGCAGCAGAAGUUGCUGCAUUCCUAUUGUCUUUUAUAAAAAGAAAUCCAUAUAAUAAAUGGGCAUCCUCACCAUCCUCAAUCGCAAGAUGGAAGACAAUAAUCGAAGAGAUUGGAGUUUGGCCUUCCAAUAGUUACAU